ACUCUACCUCGCAUUGAUCGAUCAACACCGUUGCCCUGCACGAAUUUCAACUUCUUCACCUAUUCUGCCCUCCAGAUUCUACAGUUCUGGCCCAUCCCUAUGGAAAACAUGGCCAAUGCUCCCGACGAGCCCCCGCCUCUCGUGCCCCAUGGUGGUCAUAGUUCUGUUUCCCCCAAAACUAUCGUGGCGCCGCUACGUCCCGGUCAGGAAUCUGCGCCUGUGCAAUCGCCAUAUCUGGCUGGAAGCGUUGGCGACCUUUGCGUCAAGUUCAUGCUAAAGGUCAAUGCCACCUUUGGGACGCAGCCGACACAGCGGAAGACCAUCGUUACAGCUCUCGCGAAUUUCAAAAACGGGCAAUUGAGCAAACAGCAAGCACACAUGACCAUGUCACAAGUCUUGAUGCCACAUUACGAACUUGAACAUAUGCUACUCAACAUCCUCGAUCACCCUCAGGCUAAUUGGGGACAUGGCGACUUCUACUUUCCCAAGGUCGAAGAGCCGACUGGCAGUGCUACACAAACUCCACCCGGCCUUAUGCAGCCGCAGCAUCAUUUGCAAUUGCCGAGGCCAUAUGAAUCCUCGGAUUGGAAUCCUACCUAUCACACCAGCCACGCUCAGUCGACCUCGUCCUUUGCUGACUCGCCCGGGGUGCCGUUCAUUCCCAUGCCGCAGAUGUCAAACCCUGACCAUGCCCAGAUCUCUCACCAAAACCAGGUCUAUGACCAGGGAGAGUAUCAGUACUACGGUGGAAACGCAUCUAACCCACAGCCAGGAUACAUUCAGAACGGAAACAUUACCUGGAACCCUUACACUCCGGACGAACUUUCAUCUUCGAUUGCUUCGAUGCCAGUUGAGCCGGCUCUUGAACACUACGCCAAUUCCUACCAUGAUGAUACAUCGCAUUACGCAUCUUACUCGAGACUUGACCACCCAAACAAUUUCGGUUCAUCGAGCUAUGCCGAUGCAGGUCAACAGGAAAACGCAUAUUUCCUCCAAAGCGCAUGGCAAGAGGGUGGCAUAGAAACCACCCCAGCAGAAUCCUAUCGACACCAGCCCGAACAGUUUGCCGCAUCCGAGGAAAAUCGUGUAGCCCAACUGACAUUCAAUCCUAGUUCUCAGAAGGACCCCCAGCUGGCCUCGUCUUCAUCACCCCAUCAUGCGUAUGGUCCAGCUGACCAACCUAUAGUACCAGUGAAUUUACCCCAAGAUAACAACGAGGAUAAUUUUACAUCGCCGAUCAACAACCAAUUGGAUCAAGAUCAUGUCGAUCUGAACUCGGCUACUACAGAUCGUGUACAAGGCCAUUACGAUGCAUUGAAUGCCAAGGCAGCCUCUACGGUAUCGCCGACAGAGACCUCAGUCGCUAGCCCAGAGCAAGGAACGCCUUCUUCGCGUCGUGUAAGCACUGAAGCAAGGCCAUACAUACAUGAAAUCUGUGGAAUGGGCUUUGCGUCAAGAUACAACGUGAAGAAACACCAUUGGGGACAAGUUGUGGACGACGAGAAUACCGUUACUGGCUGUUGGUACAAACAUGGAAAGCCUGAUUCCGCAUGGAACGCACACCCCAGCUGUGCGUCGGACAAUUCGAAACCACGUGCUGUCAAGACCAAACAAAAGACUCCACGCAAGAAUUCAGAUUUUAAUGCUCCUGUUGUUCCCUCUAUGAUCCCUUCUGCAGAUCGCACACUCUCCGAAUUCCCCGAUUUGAGAGACCUCCCGAAUACCGUUGCAGAGCUGGUCAGUGCUAGCACUAUUUUCGCCGAGCAGCCUGGUUUCCACCAACCUCAACCGUCGUCGACACGAGAUCAGCAGGGCAUGGAUUCUCUUUUGAGUGCUGUUAGCGCUGUAACGAACAAUCAUUCGUCGCAUGCUUUUGGCGGUCAGCAUAAUCCGUUAUUCAAUACGUUUGACUCUGGGCCAUUCUCACCCGACAUGCACGGGCAGCGGGAGCACCCAGCCUGGAUAAACGCAGCCAGCCAGUCAUACACGUUCUCAAGCCCACCUGCAGGCAACCAGCAACUUGCAGAAGCACGACCGAGGACCCUGAGUUCAAACGCUUCCCCGUUCGAGCAGGUCGUUUUCCCGCCGCCUAGGACGAUUCUUCCGACCCAGCUUCAGGGCCAGGAAACGAAUCACAUCAGCUCCGUAGGACCACAGCGAAGUCAAAUGGAAACACCAACUUUGGGGGUGGAUACAGAUGCUCCUGUAUUUGGUACAGAGCAUCACUCAAUACAGGCUUCCCCAGGACUGGCGACGGGCAACACAGGGGAUAGGAAGAAGAGCGAGGGCACCAGCACGAUCGGACGCAAACGUGGCCGAGCUACUAAGAAUGAGAAAAACGACAUGUCGGAAUCGAAUGGCAAGAAAAUGAAGACUUGA